AUGUCCACUUGUACACAUUUUGAAUGGCUUUGCCCUGUGCUUCGCGAAUCUCAGCUUUGGCUUGAAGUAAGCGACAGGUUUGACAAGUUGCUACGCAUUCUUCCAGAACCUUACAACAUACUUCCAAGCCCGAUUCUCUUUAUCGGAGGUGAAGAUAAAGGGGCUGCGCUGCAUGAGUUCGGAGUGCAAGGUUCUCGUUCUGGAGAUUUUGAAGGGUUUGGGAAUGUUUGGUUGCACGAUCCCCUGACCUUGGCUUCUCGAGACGGAACGUUGACAAUUUUUGCUUUGGACGCGGACAUCUGCUCCAAGAUUCGAUCAGUGGUGGCCUUCCCUGAUACAAGAUGUCAUGAGGUCAAAUUCUAUCAAUCUGCGCCGGGUUUCGAAUUCAAGAGUGCUUCUGAAGCAAUUAGCCAAAUGUACCAUAGAUUGCUCUUUCCGUUGGUAGAUGCAGUCUGCCUCUUUAUUGAUGACAUGGGAGGCCUAGACUGUGUUGGAGAGCGGCUUGCUACCUGGAUACAUGAUUGCGGUAAAUCACCCUCCCGAAGCGGGCCCUAUCUGUUUCUCAUUUUCGAUGCCGUCGACUCCACCACCGAGGCCAAAGUCAGGGGGUUUUUCAGAAGGAAGUACCAGAAGGGGGUACUCCCGACGUUCAGGGGCUAUCGUAUCUUCAGCGCCUCUCGUGUACCUCAGACAAGGCAAGCCGCACGACAGGGUAGCCCUUGGUCAAGACUACGUGGCGAAAUCAUCAACUGUCUCAAUUCGGUAAGACGUAGUCGACUAAGAGAAGGGAUGUUGUUCUCAGUGCCACACCUGCUUCAAUUCUUUUAUGAGCUCGCUCAAAGGCUACCUGUCGCCGAGAGACGAGUGAUCGACUUUGUGAAGAUAGCUCGGACGAGCCAUCCUGUCGCAACCGAUUUGGAACAACAUUUACUUGAAGCUCUUGUGCCAUUUAACACACCUGAAGCCCUGAAAUCAGUAGCAAUACCGAUGAUUGUCUCGAGUUUCAUUCUUGACAGCUACCCCCCGGGGAUGCAUCUUGCCGUGAAGCCCGAUACAGCCGGUGUCAGAGUUCUGAGUAUCGAUGGUGGGGGCACAAGAGGCAGAGCGCCUCUGGAAUUCCUCCAGGCGUUGCAGGAUCGACUAGGGCUUCCAUACCCAUUACAAAGAAACUUUGACUUGAUUUACGGUACAAGUUCCGGCGCUAUCAUUGCUGCAGUACUCUAUGCUCAUAACUGGCGGAUCGAGGACUGCACCAAGUAUUUUCAGUUGUUCGCACGUAAAGCGUUUCAGCCACGGUGGUGGUGGCUGCGGAUACCCAUUCUCUCUACAGUGUUUCAAGUCCUGACUUCCUUCCUCCUCGAUAGUCGAUAUUCGAGCGAAAGCCUCGAGAUCAUUUUACAAAGAAUUUUAGGAUCGCGGAGUAUUAUGGCUUUCCCUUGCGCUGCUGCCUUUGGGACCAAACUUGGUAUUCCUGUUACGACGAUUCGUGAUGCAACCGCUUGCGUCUUCACCAGUUAUAAUGGAAUAGCAUCCGACUACCACAUUCUUAAGCCUUCGGGCGGCAUGGGUCAGAUACCACUAUGGGAGAUUGUUCGAUGUAGCACGGCAGCACCUUAG